AUUUUCUUCCCACAGACUUCUGGGAAAUGUAGUCUUGGGGAAUGUGACAUCGCAGGGAGACAAGCAGGAAAUCCGCACUCAAAGUUUUGGUCUCCACGUGAGUGUCUUCCUCAAAGUUGGGCGAGAAUCCCCCUGCUGUGCAUUCCUGUGGCGUCUCUGACAUGGAGGAGAUGCUGUCCUUCUCGGAUGUGGCCAUCGAGUUCUCUCCCCAAGAGAGGAAAUGCCUGCAGCCUGCUCAGUGGAGUCUGUACAGGGAUGUGAUGUUGGAGAAUUACAGCAACCUUGAAUUCCUGGGUCUUGGUGUCCCUAAGCCACACCUGGUGACAUUUCUGGAGCAAAGAUCAGAGCCUUCAGAUAGGAAGAGAAAAGCAUCAGCCAGCGUGCACCCAGGUGUGUAG